AUGGCAUCCACUAUCAAAGACAGCGCCAGCGAUGCUGCUGUCUCUGCUCAAACCGCAACCAAGUCCGCUAUUGAGAAACCCACGGACUUCCUUCACCACCCAUACACCCGCGCCGCCCUCCCCUUCCUGAACGGUGGACUGGCCGGCAUGACCGCAACGGCUGUGAUUCAACCCGUCGACAUGGUCAAAGUGCGUCUCCAGCUCGCAGGCGAAGGAGCCCGCACCGGUCCUCGCCCAUCCGCCCUCGGCGUAACCCGCGAUAUCAUCGCAUCCGGCAAAGUCCUCGAUCUCUACACCGGUCUGUCCGCCGGUAUCCUCCGUCAAGCUGUUUACACCACUGCACGUCUUGGAUUCUUCGAAACAUUUAUCAAGAAGCUCAAUGUCCGCGCCGAAUCCGCAGGCCGAAAAGUAACCUUCGCCGAGCGUGCCGCGGCAGGACUAACUGCCGGCGGAAUCGCAGCGAUGAUUGGAAACCCGGCCGAUCUGGCCCUCGUGCGCAUGCAGUCCGACGGCCUUAAAGCCCCCGAGGCUCGCGCAAACUACCGUUCCGUCUUCGAUGCUCUCGCUCGUAUCACCCGCACCGAGGGCCUCGCUGCCUUGUGGGCUGGUGCUUCGCCCACGGUUGUCCGUGCAAUGGCUCUCAACAUGGGCCAGUUGACUUUCUUCUCUGAGGCUAAGCAACAGCUUAAGCAGCAUACUUCUCUCUCCGCUCAGAAUCAGACCUUUGCUGCUUCUGGUAUUGCUGGAUUCUUUGCUAGUUUCUUGUCUCUGCCUUUCGAUUUCAUCAAGACCCGUCUUCAGAAACAACAGAAGGAUCCUAAGACCGGCUUGGUUCCUUACAAGGGCUUGAUUGAUUGUGCACGCAAAGUUGCCAAGGAAGAGGGUUGGUUGCGCUUCUAUCGGGGUUUCGGAACUUACUACGUUCGGAUCGCUCCUCAUGCGAUGGUCACCCUCAUCGUGGCUGACUAUCUCAAUCUCCUCACCAAGUAA